AGGAGCAGAUAGACGAAUCACACGGAUAUUGCAGUUCUCGGUUUCUUAUCUAGUUCUCACAAGUGUUUUCACAAAUUUAAUCAGUUUUAUCAUGUAAUACACUUUUAUUCAAUUACCAGGAAUCAUGGAUUCUGAAACUAAAAGUGCCUUUUUAGUUCUAAAGCCUGUCUGUGACAAAGUGGCAUUGAGUCCAAGCAAGUCAACUUUAGGGGAUUUGAAAGCAACAAUAGGCUCGGUGCCUAUCUCAGGGCUGUUAAGGCUCAAGGACUAUGUUAUUUUCCCUCUGGAAUUGCAUCUACACAACCACAAAAAUCUGAGCCAAGAAACUUUGAUCUCCUUAGUUGAGUGUCUAAAAGCAGUCCUUCAGAGAAUUUCUCUAACAGAGUUGAAGAAUUUUCUCAAGCUAUAUUCCCUGUUGUUCUCACUGAUCUCAAACCCUCAGAAUCCUGAACUCAGUAAAGAUGUGCCAGAAGAGCUAAAAUUGAGUGUGGUAGAAUGUGUUGCAGAGCUCUUCAUCAAAUCAGAUCCUAGCGUGUUAGUUGAGUUCUAUUCAAGACCUUACUACCCGAAGUUGAGCUUUGGGGUUUACACUUGCAAUCAAAUCGUGAAAAACGAAAAAUUCCAUACUCUCAGAGUAAGUGCCUUGAAUUGUCUAAUGAUCAUGACUGGCUCAUUAUUUGACGAUGAAGUAAAGAAAUCCUGCUCAAACAUAGUGAUGCUCAUGUUACCCGGAAUCGUCUCUUUGUGCCAGGCAACUGCUGCUUUAAAUGUCACUCAAAACCACCAGGUUACUUUGAUGGCUUUGCGGUUGUGGUCUCACGUUGUUGUUCUCGUCAUGGAUGACAACUUGAAGGUGCAGAAAUCAGAUGACCGUAGUUUGUGCAAACUGGAGACCAGCACGAAAGAAAAGAUUAAACAGAUAAUGGAUAUGCAGCAGAGAACUGAGGCUUGGUUGGCAGACACCAGCAAAAAUUUGGCGCCCGUCUUUGAGAACAUUGUCAGUGUAAGGAGUCAUUCACAUUGGAAAGUGAGACAUGAGCUUGCUGUUGCAAGUGAUCGCGUAGUAUCUAAUUGUUUGAGAACCAUGCAGCAAUCAUUAAUGUUCUUAAUUGAUGCCCUAAUCGUGCUUGCUCAAGACGAGAUAGAUGCGGUAUCUAAUGCAGCCAAAACUGCCCUACACAAGUUUUCGCAGAAGUGUGAAGCAGAAAAUGGCAAAUCUUUAGUAGAGAAUAUCGAGGAAAACUUUUUCCAUCUUGUAACAAAAUUACCUCGCAUUGUGAAUGGAACAGAUGAAAAUGUACAGUUAAGUGAGCUGACUCUCUUGGGAGGCUACCUCUCUUUGUUAGGACCUGCUCGUUUACCCCACAUGCUUAACUCCUCUGCUCAUCUGGAAAAACUCAUUUCUGCCCUAGUUCACCUAAUGGAGUUAGAUACAGCAGGAGCAAAAAUCAUUGAAGAAGACUUUAUCGUCAAAGACUAUGAUGAAUAUGAGAGCUGGGCCAAAAAGUCAAAAUCGUGGCGAGCAUUUCGCCAUUUUAGCAAUGAGAAUUUAAUAAAGAAACUCGAGGAUAUAUGUUGCAUUUUGUCAGACUGUCAUGGCACUUUUAUCGCUCAUCAUUUGUUGGAUUUAUAUGAAACUAAUUCUUUGCACAGGAAAGAAAUCACUCUAAUUUUGAACUUAAUCGCAGCUAAUGAACUAAGUAAAAGCAAAGAUGUUGAACUCAUGACAGCUGUACUUGACGCAUACCUGGAGCCAUCUCUAUGGAACUUGCCAACUUCAAAACAUGAAAUAUUGGAGGACAGUCAAGCAGAUGUUCACUCAGUCAGACUGAAUAAUUUGUCCCUCGCAGAAAUCAAGAGUAAUGUUGUCCAGGUCUGUCUGAUGAUUGAAGGCAUUGGUGACAUUGCCUUGGCUGUAGGAGGAGAAAUUUUCUCACCUUGUCUUUUACAAUGUCUGUAUUUGUUAUUAGAAAGAGCUGGAAGUCCCUUGGAAGUGUUUUCUGAAGCAGGACUGUAUACUCUUAACAACAUAGUCAAAGCUUGUGGAUUGAAGGACAUGACCUCGUUAAUCGAUUCCUAUUCAGAUUAUUUGAUACAUCAUGUUUCAUUACGUUUGAAGAACGUCACACGAUAUCCACAAGUCCUAAAUGUUUUCAUUGUGAUAAUUAGUAAAUGCACAGUUCAUGCAUUAUCUGCCCUGCAAGAAAUUAUUAAUAAUGUGUUGAUGUACAGUUGUGAUACUUUUCAAGACAAGAACAUCGUUGCUUUUCUUCAUGUAUUCCUUACAUUUGUGUCUCAUGCACAAAAGUGGAUGCCACCGCAAGAGGAGGAAGCUUUGACUGAAAAGCCCAGUAGUCCUUUAGAGAGUCAGAGUGUCUUAGAAACUUUUCUUGAGCAUCAUCGGUUGAAACUUGCGGCCUCAAAUUUUAAUGAUGCCAUCGAAGAAAAUAGUUCAGCUCCUGAAGAAUUUUCUGGGGCUGAAGCAACCUCAGAAUCAGACUACCCAGAGAAUAGUGAAGGCGCAGAUUUCCAUUCUGAGUCUGACGGUAAAAAAGAUAUUCCAGAAACGAUUAAAAUUACUAUAUCCAUCCUGAGAAGAAGUCUGAAUUUCCUGCCUCACAAGAAUGAAUCUUUGCAGCUUCUGGUGUUGCAGAUUUUGGAUCGGGGUAUUCUAGUCAUGCAAGAUUGGACCGAUGAAUUAUUGCCUGUUGUUCACAAAAUCUGGGCUCCCCUUGUUGAAAGAUUUAGCUCACCAAAACCACUGAUCAUUCAUCAUAGUUUCAAAUUGCUCCUUACCAUGGCAAAAAUCACCAAGGAUUUCAUCAGGAAAAGAACCAUUGAUGAAGUUCUUCCAAAGCUUUUUGCAUUCCUUACGAAGUCUGCAAAAGAUAGUCACCUUCGCGAUGUGGGCUCUGCUUAUCGGAUGACUCAGCAGUAUAAAUUACAGCAUAUUCUGUUGGAUGGAUUAGGACAGAUUAUCAUAGAUCUGGACUGCCUCGAAAAGACGUCUCAUGCUCUACUAACUUGUUCAUCUGUUUACCUAAGUUCUUUGCAGCCGUUGCCGUUGCAGCAAAGUACUAAAAAAUUAUUUGAAACUGUGGCUAAAAAGUAUAGAGAUCUUACCUGGUUGAUUUUAGUAUCUUUAAAGGAAAAAAUUCAUUUCACCCCACCAGAUCCUGUGUUUUCAUCGUACGAGUUUACCUCAUCACAACCUAGUGCCAAAGAUUUUCAAAAGAAUGUGGAUUGCUUACUGCAGAAACUGUAAACUUUUGCAUGGAGCCCUCUGAGAUUUUUCAUUCAGCAUGCCCAGAAAGCAACUCUCUGAAGUAAAUGAUUUUCCCUGCACAUUCUUUUUGUGCAACUUAAGUGAAUGUAGCUGCGCCAAUUUUUGACCUAACAAAUGGAGUGUUUGAGGCUGGUUUUGAAGGAAUCCCAAAAUUCUAAGAAAUGCAUUAUUCCUCUGAAGAUUUCCAGGUAAUUUCUAAAAGUAGUUUUUUUUAUUGUCUACCGAAUGUACCUUCCUCCUCAAUAUUUUUCCCAUGAAAAUGUCUUUUAAUUUUUUGGAGAGUUAUUUUGUUGCCUGUAUGAUGUGUACUCGGUUUUAUUGGUUUAAAAAACUGUACCUUCCAACAAUAACCUCGCCUUUCGGAUUUUGCAAAUUCUUGAAAAAUACUUUGCCACUUCAAUUUUUUUCUGCUUCAGAAUUCCAUAACAUGAAGGUAUGCAUGAAUUCUUUGGCUCCAAAAAGGCGUCUCCGACUCCUAAAAAUUCCAUGAAAUAUCCCGUGUUUCUUAUAUGUGUUUUUCUUCUCAUAGUGCAUUCUAGAUUCCAGAAUGGUUUUAUAAUCAUUAAACACCUACCUUUUAGAACAUAAUUUAAAAGCAAUUGUGCCAAACGCCUGUGACUGUAAUAAUUUUUUCCACUCUGAUGUGUUUGUCUAUUUAUUUUUUUAGGAAGUAAUUUGUUUUUUAUUUUGUAUAUAAUUUAGUAAAGUUUUUUUUAAAUAAA